AUGAUUCGUCUCUCGACUGUUCUCGUCCUUCUUCUGCUUUCCUCCGACGUGCUCGGAUACUCAUCUCCCCUUGUUACGAAACCGGGUCGAGUGAUUCGGAAAUCUAUUAUCGACCAUAUCCGAUUCUUUGGGAAUAUCACAUGUAAAUACGCCACCGACCCAAGCAUCAAUUUCCUAGAACUAUGGGAGCGUGAUUCAAUGAAUCCUGAUGACCACUUGUCUCAAACCGUUGUACUGGAUCAGACCAUUUACCCAUACAAAUACGAUAUCCACGCUAUCGACGAUGGGGAUGAAUGGGGAUCAAACAACUACUCAUUCUACUUGUGGGCCGAACACAAUUGCACGUUCAAUCGUCGCACCAUCACCAGAAAAGUAGCUGGCACGGUGAGACGGGUUGGCGACACGUAA